UCUGUCUCAAGUCUCAACUCUGGCAAAAUCAUGAUUUUCCAUAAUGGCAACGUUGGCUUUUCAAAUUUACCGUUUAUUUGUCAACGGAUAUCAUUUGAAUUCAAGUCGUUGAAGAAUAUAGUCGUUUAUUUGUUACAUCAAUGUGGCUGUAACUGUUGGUUCUUUGUUUCGAUAUUUAAUAACUCAGCUCUUCAUCUACCAAAAUUUGUUUGCUUUCUGCUGAUUGACUCGCGAGAUUUAAUUGACGUGAGAAAUUGUACAUCAAUAUUGUUCAAUUUUAACUUAAACCAAAAAAUUUCCUCACUAGGACUGAUCAAGAUGGUGGCUAGUAUUUUAGUGCAUGUGACUCACGUAGAUGAUUCCAUCCAUGAUCAUCAAGAUCCAUUUAUACAAUUCUGGGGCAUGACUCACGACCAAAGCUUAUAUUUCCUCAUGAAAAGUUAUAUUGCCUCUGUCCAAGAUAAGCUGAAAUCCAGAGCCCCGCCCUUGUCUAUAAAAGAGCUAGACAAUAAGCAGAUUUACUGUGUGCUCAUCAAUCGCCAGUGGCACCGGGCCAAAGUACCCAAACUAAAACUGAGCCUUUCUGGAACAUUGGAAGUUUUCUGCAUUGAUUUUGGAGACACCCAUUCAGUUCCUUUGGCCUUUGUGCGCACUGUAGAUUUUCCUGGGUCUGAAGCAGAGCAUAUUCGAAAUUGGCCUCCUCUUGCUAGCAAAUUUAAUCUUGCUGACAUACUUGCUCCAUAUGGAAACAAAUCUAAUGCUCAAUUGAGUUUGCCUGCCAUGUUUUUUGUGAAGACCCACAUGGUAAACCGUACUUGGAAAGCUGUAACAGUUGGUGCAUAUGAUGGACACCAAUGUCUGAGGCUCUUUGAUUUUACCAACCAACUGUUUGUCACCACUAUGAUUGAAUGUGGAAUGGCCAUUGCUUCGAAGACAUACAACAAGGCUCUAAAAAUGUGUAAGAUCAUAAACGAGCAUCCAGCAAAUUUCAAUCCUUUUCUCGGCAUUUUCCCGGAGUCUUGCGACAUGCCGAAUCCUGCUAAAACAUCGCUGCCUGCGUUUACUAGGAAUUCUUUUGAAAUUUCUAUGCAAGAAGCUUCACCGUCAGUUGUUCCAUUUAAAAACGAGCUGAUUGAGGCAGCUAAUGCUGGUCAGAAUGAGUCAAAAUCCCCUUUGACAUAUGCGCCGCAAUUAAAGAAAUUUGUUGCACAACAAAUUAUUUCCACUGUUGCUAUCGCCCCAUUCGUCAAGUCACUUACCGAGUUUUGGGUCCAGUUGGAACCGGAUUUGGUCAGCACCGUAGCGGAACGCAUAAGCAAACUGACGGGUGAUCCUGAUUUCGUUUCCCGGAAUGAUUUCGUUGCCUCUGCCGGCAAACCUUGCCUGGCUUUGUUCGCAUCAGACGGCUGCUGGUAUCGUGCUCUAAUAGAAGCUGUAAACGACGAGUUCAUCACGAUAUACUACGUUGACUACGGCAACCGAUGUGUAGUGGAGAAUAGCUGUUUACAAGAACUGCCACCGGAUUUGAUUGUGCUACCAGCCUUGGCUUUUAAAUGUUGCCUGAAUGGAGCAGAGAAUUUUUACAAAGACUUUUCUGAAGCCUUCCAAAUCGAUUUGACUAAACUGUCGGCUUUCAGCGUUAAAUAUUUUAACACCGUAAAUGACGUACUUCAUGUUCGUCUCUACGCCUCUGAUGGUGUUGAGCUUGUACAGCGCCGGCUAUUUAAAUUUCCUUUGAUGCAUGCAGUCCAGACUCUCAACUUUUCUCCGGAGCAAAUGGUUUCUCCUCGGGCUGUUGCGUCUUACAUAAAAUCGCUUUUCGAAUUUUGGGUUCAGCUGGAACCGAAGACUGUUGGUGCUAUCAUGGGACGUCUUGAUAUGCUGGCUCUUCAUCCCGAAUUCAUCAACCAAAAGACUUUUAUUGCUUCCGUUGGCAAGCCCUGCCUUGCUUUUUAUCAAGAUGAAGAUACUUUCUUUCCUGAUGAUGGACGCUGGCAUCGAGCAGUUGUUGAAGAAGUCAAUGGAGACACUGCCAGAGUAUACCACUUUGAUUACGGUUACAGUUGUACCGUGAAAAUGAGCCAUUUAAGAAACUUACCAUCGGAAUACACUAAACAACCGGCACAGGCGUUUAGAUGUUGUCUCGUCGGAGCGGAAUCUAUGUCGGAAGAAGACUCUGAUGCCUUUAUGAAUCGUUUUGUAAAACGUUCGAUCUUCGCUGUCAAAUUUCUGAAGGAAGUCGAUGGAAUCCUACACAUUCGUCUCUUCACGUUGGGUGGGGUUGAUCUUUUCGAAAGACAUUACGAAAAACCUGUUCUGCCAGAAACUACCGAGUUACCAGUAGAAAAAGUCUUCGAUGAUGAAGUCACUGGCCCUUUUGCAUUCUUGGUUUUGACUCCAUCAAGACACUCUGAAAAUGGUAGUCGUCUGAGAGAAAUGUAAUCCCCAGAACACCAAAAUGCUGUAUUUAAAAAAAAAUAACAACUCAAUUAAUAGGUGCUAUUAUAGGUUUUUAUGGGGGGAAAUCUUUGUUCCCCUGUUGACAUUUUCUGAAAUUUUAAUUCUCUUGACUUUUAUAUUUGUUAACUAAUGACCAUAAAAUUUUAGAUUCUUAUUUUAUUCAGAAAAAAGACAUCAUCUAAAAAAAAUGUGACCCUAAAAAUGUCAUUGAAAUUUAAAACAAGAAACUCAAAUAUUAGGUGGUAUUAUAGAUAUUUAUGGGGGGGAUUGCUAUUCUCUUUGUUCCCCUGUUGAGAUUUUAUGAAAUUGUUAAUCUUCUUUGCCUUUCAUGUUUGUUAUUUGAUGCUUCUAAAAUUUUAGAGUCUUAUUUUAAUUCAGAAAAAAAACUCACCCUAAAAUAAUGUUACCCUCAGAACACCAAAAAGUGAUACUUGAAUUAUUUAUGAACACCAAACUCAACUAUUAGUUACUAUAACAGAUUUCUAUAAAAAUUUUGUCUAUUCUCUUGGUUCUUCUCUUAAAAUUUUAUGAAUUGUAAUCCCUUUAUGACCUCAUUCAUUAUUUUAUAUCGUUUCUUUGUUUAAUUGUUCGCUCAAAAUUGUUCGUUUCCCUUUUCUUUCCUCACGAUGACCGCGUUAAUAAAAAUUUUCCUCCAUU